UAUAUAAACCAAGUGCAUUGCCUAUCAAUACUCAGGAAUUUGGUUGGUAUUCUCCCAUACACAUAACCAUCCAACUUCCCCAUACACAAAACACAUCAAAAUUUUAAAAUCAUAUCAAACACUUAGCUAAAAAUGGAUUGUGAGAACAAGAAUGUUGUGCUAGGAAACGGGCUGUGCAUGCAGAAAGAUCCGUUGAACUGGGGAAUGGCUGCGGAGGCCUUGACAGGAAGCCAUUUGGAUGAAGUCAAGAGGAUGGUGGCUGAGUUUAGGAAGCCUAUGGUGCAGCUUGGCGGGGAGACACUCACCGUCUCUCAGGUGGCUGCUAUUGCUGCAGGGAGUGUCAAGGUUGAGUUAGCCGAGUCCGCGAGGGCUGGUGUCAAGGCUAGUAGUGAUUGGGUGAUGGAGAGCAUGAACAAGGGAACUGAUAGUUAUGGUGUUACUACUGGUUUUGGUGCUACUUCUCAUAGGAGGACAAAACAAGGUGGUGCUCUGCAGAAGGAACUUAUUAGAUUUUUGAACGCUGGAAUCUUUGGAAGUGGAAAUGAUUCUUCGAACAUAUUACCACAUUCAGCAACAAGAGCAGCAAUGCUAGUGAGGAUCAACACACUCCUCCAAGGUUACUCUGGCAUUCGAUUUGAAAUUCUUGAGGCCAUCACCAAGUUCCUCAACCAAAACAUUACCCCUUGCUUGCCACUCCGUGGAACGAUCACUGCUUCUGGUGAUCUUGUCCCUUUAUCCUACAUUGCUGGACUUCUAACUGGCCGUCCUAAUUCCAAGGCGGUUGGACCCACUGGAGAGAAUCUGACUGCUGCAGAAGCAUUUAAACUUGCUGGAGUUGAUGGUGGAUUCUUUGAGCUGCAGCCAAAAGAAGGCCUUGCACUAGUCAAUGGCACAGCUGUCGGUUCUGGAAUGGCUUCAAUGGUACUGUUUGAGACCAAUAUACUUGCUGUGUUGGCUGAAGUUAUGUCAGCUAUCUUUGCUGAAGUGAUGCAGGGCAAACCCGAAUUUACUGACCAUUUGACACACAAGUUGAAGCAUCAUCCUGGACAAAUUGAAGCUGCAGCUAUAAUGGAACACAUCUUGGAUGGAAGCUCUUAUGUCAAGGCUGCUGAGAAGCAACACGAAAUGGAUCCAUUGCAAAAACCAAAGCAAGAUAGAUAUGCUCUUAGGACAUCUCCACAAUGGCUUGGACCACAGAUUGAAGUGAUUCGAUCAUCAACAAAAAUGAUAGAAAGGGAGAUCAAUUCUGUCAAUGAUAACCCUUUGAUUGAUGUGUCAAGGAACAAGGCCAUCCAUGGUGGUAACUUCCAGGGUACGCCUAUUGGAGUUUCUAUGGACAAUACAAGGUUGGCUAUUGCAGCAAUUGGAAAGCUCAUGUUUGCCCAAUUUUCGGAGCUUGUGAAUGACUUUUAUAACAAUGGGCUGCCAUCUAAUCUCUCUGGAGGGCGUAAUCCAAGUUUGGAUUAUGGUUUCAAGGGUGCUGAAAUUGCUAUGGCUUCUUACUGCUCUGAGCUACAAUUUUUGGGCAAUCCAGUUACCAACCAUGUUCAAAGCGCUGAGCAACACAAUCAAGAUGUGAACUCACUAGGUUUGAUCUCCUCAAGGAAAACAGCAGAAGCUGUUGAAAUCUUGAAGCUCAUGUCUACCACAUUUUUGGUAGGCCUCUGCCAAGCUGUAGACCUGAGGCACUUGGAGGAGAACUUGAAGAGCACUGUCAAGAACACUGUAAGUCAAGUAGCCAAGAAAGUUCUAACUAUGGGUGUCAAUGGUGAGCUUCAUCCUUCAAGAUUCUGUGAGUUGGAUUUGCUUAGAGUUGUUGACAGGGAGUACAUUUUCGCAUACAUUGACGACCCCUGCAGUGCAACCUACCCACUGAUGCAAAAGCUAAGACAGGUACUAGUUGAACAUGCAUUGAAAAAUGGCGAAACUGAGAAGAACUUGAGCACCUCAAUCUUCCAAAAGAUUGCAGCUUUUGAAGAUGAAUUGAAGGCCCUUUUACCCAAGGAGGUUGAAAGUGCAAGGGCUGUGGUAGAGAGUGGAAAUCCUGCUAUUCCAAACAGGAUCAAAGAAUGCAGGUCUUAUCCACUGUACAAGUUUAUCAGGGAAGAGCUGGGAACAGUUUAUUUAACUGGCGAGAAAGUGACAUCGCCUGGAGAAGAGUUUGACAAGGUGUUCACCGCAAUGUCCAAAGGAGAGAUCAUUGAUCCAUUGUUGGCGUGUCUUGAGAGCUGGAAUGGUGCUCCUCUUCCAAUUGCUUAGUUAAGAUAUGAUGUGAUUCUAACUUAUGUUAUUUCAAGUAUUGGUGUUUUUUAGUUGUUUAAAAAUUGUGAAUGCUGCCUGUAAGAAUCAAUGCAAUGAAGUGUUGCUUUUGUGAAAUGGAAAUAUAUCAUAGUUUUGUUUGCAUAA